CUGCAAUGAGCAAAUACUUCGAGGGGAACGACCUUCCAAGGUUUGCACAACUUCCCAUCAUGCCUCGGGGUCCCAAGUAGUUUCAGCCAUGGCAGGAGGACGCGAUAGGGUGGGGUAUUUGCUGAAGCAAUUGCAACGAGCAUCAUGUAUGUGUCCUGCCCAUUCCCACACUUAUACUCAAGGUAUUGAACAUGCUGCUACGAGGAAAACAGACUAUGCUUUUGAGAUGGCUGUUUCCAGUAUCCGAUAUGGAGAAGGAGUUACUAAAGAACUGGGCAUGGACCUGCAGAAUUUGGGUGUUAAAAAAGUCUGUGUGAUGACUGAUAAGAACCUUGGUCGCCUCCCUCCCAUGCAAGCAGUCUUGGAUUCUCUGACAAAAAAUGGUAUAAAUUUCCAAAUAUACGACAAUGUAAGAGUGGAGCCAACAGACCAGAGUUUCAUGGAUGCCAUCGAGUUUGCUAAAAAGGGGGAGUUUGAUUCCUAUGUUGCCUUAGGAGGAGGUUCAGUCAUAGACACUUGCAAAACUGCUGAUCUCUAUGCGUCCAGUCCAGAAUCGGACUUCUUAGAUUAUGUCAAUGCUCCCAUUGGAAAAGGGAAGCCUGUCAAAGUUGCUCUCAAGCCACUGAUUGCAGUUCCUACAACUGCUGGGACUGGAAGUGAAACUACUGGUGUUGCUAUUUUUGAUUAUAAAGAACUAAAAGUAAAAACUGGCAUUGCUUCUAGAGCUAUUAAGCCUUUCUUGGGCCUAAUUGACCCUUUGCAUACUCUCCAUAUGCCCAGGCAUGUGACAGCUAAUGGUGGAUUUGAUGUGCUUUGCCAUGCACUUGAAUCCUAUACUGCUCUUCCCUACAAUCAGCGCAGUCCUUGUCCUUCAAACCCAAUGAACCGCCCAGCGUAUCAAGGAAGCAACCCUAUCAGUGAUAUUUGGGCCAUCCAUGCAUUACGGAUCGUUGCUAAAUAUUUAAAAAGAGCCAUCAGGGAUCCAGAAGAUAAAGAAGCAAGGGCCAAUAUGCACCUGGCAAGUGCUUCUGCUGGCAUUGGCUUUGGAAAUGCUGGUGUACAUCUUUGCCAUGGCAUGUCUUACCCUAUUUCUGGCUUGGUGAAGAAUUACAAAGCAAAGGAUUACAAUGUGGACCACCCUUUAGUGCCGCAUGGUCUUUCUGUUGUCCUCACGUCCCCAGCAGUGUUUACUUUCACAGCCCCUAUGUGUCCAGAGCGUCACUUGGAGGCUGCACAGAUAAUGGGUGCUGACAUCAGCACAGCCAAAACCAAAGAUGCGGGUCUUGUUUUGGCAGACACUCUCCGGAAAUUCUUAUUUGAUCUGAACGUUGAUGAUGGCUUAACUGCUCUUGGUUAUACUAAUGCCGAUAUCCCUGCGUUAGUCAAAGGGACCCUUCCUCAGGAAAGAGUGACUAAAUUAUCUCCCCGUCCUCAGACUGAAGAAGAAUUAUCUGCCCUUUUUGAAGCUUCCAUGAAACUGUAUUAGAUGUUCUUUUUAAAAAAAUAAUAAUGCUUUCUUCAAUUGCAUCUAAACUCGCAUGAUGCAAUUCAACUCAUGACUGUCAUAUGAAUGAGUGUAACUCCAUAUUCUAAAUUUGAGAAAUCAUGCUCAUUUCUACAUAUAUUUGCAAUCCGAAAUAUUUCUGCUUCCUUUAUUGGUCACUGGAUCUAAUCACUGAUGGUUCUCCCUUGCCUUCCUAAGAACUGUACAGCAAUUCACUUCCUAGCAUGUCACUGCAUUAUCUCUACAUGAAGUGUCCAGAUAUCACAGAUACAAAAAUAAAACUUUACAAGUUCGGAAAGUGCCGUCCUCUACAGCCACUUCACAUUCAGAACUCCCUUUCAUACAAAGGAUGCUUUGUGUUUUUUAUGACUGCCUUGAACUCUUGGCUCAAUGAAACUGCUACCCACCCA